AGUAACCUGGCGGUUUUGCUAUAGUUUCUGUGGUUUUGAGGCACUUUGCUGUUUUUUUUUUUAAAUAAAAAAAAAGCCGAAGCUAACAAACACAGUAAAACAGCAGUUUAGUUGGAUUAUGAAGAAAUUUACCUCAACUUCUAUAACUUCUACGGUGCGUAGAAGCUCUAGACGGCGCCAAUGUGCCGUUAAACGUUACUGCAGUAACACCAAAAGCCAACGGAUGUCCAGUCAGGGAUUCUUCCAGAAGCUGCCAGCUGAGGUGUUUGACUUAAUAUUAGACUACCUGUCAGCUGUAGAAGCCAGUGUUUUCAGCAUGGUAUCAAAAAGCAUCAAUAACUGCAUAGUGAGGCACCUGUCCACUUCGGCCUGGAGGAACCAGAUGAUUUUGCAGAAGUUUCACUGCACAUCACCCAAAGCUGAAGACUUGAACACAAUACUUGAUCAUUUCAGAUCCCUUGGUUUACUGUUCAAGAGAUGCACUCUGUUACUACCAACCAACGAAAGACUGAAGUUUAUUUAUAACACCUUUUCACAGAUCCCCUGUUUCAUGAUUGAGCGAUGUGAUGCACUACGUUUGUGCCAAGGUUUCACUUGCUAUGGAGUGUUAUUGCAGACGCUGAUAGCUGGUUGGGAUGAGCUGGAAUGUCACCGUGUAUUUAACUUUUUGUGUAAAACCACACAUCUUCAGUGGAAAAUAGAGGUAGCUGUUACAAGCAGCCCAGGUACAUGCCACAGGUUGGAGCUGGAGGUCCGUUUUUUCUGCAGAGGUGUCAUGUUUGAUCAAUGGAAAAACAGAAGGGAUGCUUUUUUCUGGCUUACAUGCAUCCUCAGACCCUGGCCAAUCAUCAGCCAAGCUCGUCUACUAUUUAUCCUCUUCGGCCCACUGCAGUCAGAUGGGAAGCUAGGCUGGCAGGAUGUGCGGGAUGGUGCACUUGUGCAUGGUGCUCUGUGGGAUUUGGCCAAGGCAAUCAUGCUCCUCUAUGGAAACACAGAUAACAAAAGCUGGAGCACUAACACAGUUCUUGCCAUCAUAAAUGAGAUCAUGGUAAUGCCACAGCCAUGGCAUAUGGAGAACGUGGCACGUCUGCUCAUCCUGUGUGGGAACAAUAUCUGCUACAGUGUGCUAGCUAGCAAGGCUAUCAAUGGAAGACUCUUUGAGAUCUCCAGACUCCUGAUUUUUCUUAUUCUGGUGAGUGAGGAGGAUGGUUACUGCAUGAACUGGGUAGUUAAGAUGAUCCAGCAGGUGUGUCAGGUUUUCUCCGUGGCCUUGGAGAAGCGGUCCUUCAUUGAGAGAAUGGAGAAUAUGUUCUCCGAGGUCACCAUGGAACUUGUUGAGCGUGUAAUUGCAGGUGAGAACAGACCACAGGGCUUAAAAUUCAGCUUUCUGAACAGCCUCUUGAUUGCAAAUGCCCAUUUCCACACAGAGAUUGUCUGUAUAUUUCUCAAGAAAGAAUGAGCUUACGACAAGACAUCGAAAGAAAUUCAGAGGUUAGAACAGACAGCCAAUGAGAAUUUAAUGGCAUGGAUACACAUAGUUCUUCACCAUUCAGUCAGUUUGGUUGAAUAGUCAGUCAGUACACCUUACAUUUGUAACACUGUGUUAUUAAACAUAGUCCUGCUUGAGGCAGGACUUGGAUAUCCAGACAGAAAUGAGUGUAACCACGAAGUCCUAAGGCACUGAACCAAGGCCUGAAAUAUGCGAUGGUUUUGAAAGUUGUAACAUCAUUAAUCUUGCCCAGCUUCAGUCCUCUUUUAUGUAUUCCUUCCAAGAUGCACAAUGAGUUGUUUACAGAUUUUGAGUUGAAUAAUUGAAAACUGGAAUAUAUCCUGUGGUUCAAUUGUUUAAAAAUAGGGUGAGAAUUUUCUACAUUUUGCUAAAUGUUCUCUAGUUAUAAAA